CAUUCGAUUUUUGAAAUCCGCCUCGAACGCUUCGAGAAUUCCCAGCGAGUCGGACGUGUGUGUGGUGCUACUACCGUACGGUUUCUGUUUCUGUCUGUCUUGGUCUCCUUGGUCUUGGUCUUGCUUUGGUCUCAUCCCCGUGCGUGUGGCUGUGCUUAGUGUGUAUAUUUGGAAGUAAUUCACCCCAAGAAAAAAAAUCGUCGGCGUUGCGGUUUUUCUUUGUCUCCCUGCCAAUUUCGUGUGACCCCCGAAACGAAAGUGCGUCUCUCCGUGCGGUAAAACAGCGAUCCAAAUAAAGUCUAUCAAUCCAACGUAAUCCGCACCCACGACAAACGAAGCACAAUGAGCUGGCAAGAUUAUGUGGACAACCAACUCCUGGCCUCGCAGUGCGUGACCAAGGCGUGCAUCGCCGGCCACGACGGUAACAUUUGGGCGCAGUCCAACGGCUUUGAGGUGACAAAAGAGGAGCUCUCCAAACUGAUCAGCGGCUUCGACCAACAGGAUGGUCUCACCAGCAACGGCGUGACACUCGCCGGCCAGCGGUACAUUUACCUCUCCGGCACAGACCGCGUGGUGCGUGCCAAGCUUGGCCGGAGCGGAGUGCACUGCAUGAAGACAACACAAGCCGUGAUCGUUUCCAUCUACGAGGAUCCCGUUCAGCCCCAACAGGCCGCUUCUGUCGUAGAGAAACUUGGAGAUUAUCUGAUUACAUGCGGGUACUAGGAGAAUAAAUCAACACAAACACCCAUCAACCACAAGAACACACACCAACAAUUUCAACAACAGCAACAAAUUCGAUAAGAGAAACCCGUAAAAGAACUAAUAACACAUAAAAAGUAAUUAUUAAUAUUUAAAUUUAUGGAAAAACCAACGGCCAAGAAAAAUUUGCGGUUUUGUGUGUAGCAGAGGAAAUGGAACGAGUAAAAUGCAUAUGCUUAAAAAUGUCAAAAACGCAAAUAAUUACCCAACUACAAAAAAAAAAAAAAAUUAUAAAUUUCUGCAUUAUUAUAUUUAAAACUUUUUGGUUUAUACGAUAAAAAUAAAAGGAAAACACAAAACUAUAAAAUGCCCCAUAAUUAAGAAUUCAGUCCUCAGCUUUGAACAAAAGUUGCAAAAAAUGUAUUGGCAACCUACAUAGAUAUAUUGUAAGCAACAAGAACUGCUCACGCAACAAAACCAACCAAAAAUCGAGAAAAUAUUAAGAACCUACAAACAUCAAAAAUAAGAACAACGCAAAGCAACGCAGGCAUUUUUUGGAAGAUUUUUUGUAUAGCAAUAUUUACACAACCGAUACUGUUUAUGUAUAUUUAUACAUAAAUACACACGCAGGUUUUAUAUAAAAGAGUGAGUGAGAGAAGAUUUCGAUUUGACAGCCGGACGGAGGCCAGCAGAAGCAGAAGCAGAAGCAGAAGCAGAAGCAAUAGAGGAAGGGAGUGGAGUAAGCCAGCGGAGAAAAGUAAGUCGGAGGGAGCUGAGAGGAGGGCAAGCCGCAGGGAAAUACCAACCAAUAUAAAUAAAUGUAUCUAUAUAUAUUUAUAUAUGUAAACUAUUUGGAGAUCCACUAUGGUCUAUUUUUAUAUGGUGGAAGGAAAACCAAAAUGGAAAAUUAAAAAACCGAGAAGUCGUAAUACCAGCCGCAUUGGUUACAUUUUUUAUACAAUGUUGUCGAGUAGGGAGUUAAGUUCAAAAUAAACUGAAAUGCAAAAAAGUGUUCAGAUUCAGUGUCCCAUAGCCAGUCUAAACGUGCAUAGGUACCCCUUCACUCUCCUUUUAACAAGAUGAUGGUCAUUUUCACGUCGUAGCAAAAGUAUGCCAGUUAAUAUACAUCAUUAGCGUAGCCAUCCACUUGCGUCUGUUAUGUCUGAGUUAUCGCUCCAGGAUUACUCAUCACUGACUCCGGAGUCCGGCGUGAUAGUUGACAUAUUGAUAGCAUAGCAUGAGCAUGAGUAGGAAUUCACAUUUUAAUGGCUUUCUAUGUUUAGCUAGACUCAAAUCUAAAGUCUUCUUUCGCGCUCUCACAUGCCCCUUAAUCCAUCCACACAUCCAUUUCCAAUUCCAUUUCCACAAUCCUAAAAUCCAAGAAACCUGCUCCACGAAAUUUUUCGUACAAGCUAAAGAAACUUGAAAUGAAAACCGAAAGCAUAAAUAUAUGGAUAUAAAACAUAUAAAAUACGAUACUUUAAUACUAUUAAAAUGAAAAACCGAGCGAGUUCUGAAAAAGCUCCUCAUAAAAAGUAA